AUGGAAGACAAAACACACAAUCCACUGCCACCAAUGAUGAUGAUUGUUGUGUUAUCAUUUCAAGGCUUUCUUUCAGAAGCCAAUCACUCUGUGAUUAGCAUCGGAAAGUCAGGGAUCACUAGCAAUCUCAUGGAAACUUCCUCCAUCAUUCUUCCUCUGACCGGAAGUUUUUAUUCUAAAGGGGGUUAUUUCACAACGAUCAAUAUAAGCAAUCCAGCCAUGCCUUUUGAACUUCUCAUUGAUACUGGCAGUACCCUCUCCUGGGUCAAAUGUGAAGAACCUUGCGAGGACUGCAUUCCGCCUAAGCCCUCAGGACUUCUGUACAAGCCACCAAAAGAUAGUAUCGUGCCAUGUCAAGAUCGCUUAUGUGCUGCUAUCCAAGGAGACAAACACAAUUGUUCAAACCCACUUGAACGAUGCGACUAUGUUGAGAAAUAUUUUGAUGGCAGUUCAACUCAAGUAUUAUUAGACUCAAAGAUGCCAAUAGCUGUUAAAAAUUCCGACCGACUCACAUCAAAAAUAUUGUCUGCUUUGAGUUUAUCGAUUGUCGUAAAUACAUUGGGUCCGCAUGACAUUGUUCUUCAUGGGCUAUAUCACUUAAUGGUACUUAGACCCAAGAAAAAUGCUUUGUUGGAGAUGGGAGAUUUCGCCCUCUCACACAACAAUAUACUCCACGCUUGGGUUCCGGUUCACUGUGAAUACAUUGGAUUAUCCUCAUGGUGUGGAUACAAGCAAAUUGGACAUUUCCCAGGUGAUGGAAUCAUUGGUUUAAGCCGGAAUUCAGCUAGCCUCUUGUCACAGAUUCAUGAACAAGGUCUAGUAAAAAAAGUAAUAGGCCACUGUUUUAAUGGAAACGGAGCCAUCCACUACCGCACUACCGCCUCACCUUGUCUUCGAGUCUUCGAGUUCAGCGGUGGUGGUUCGAUUCAGCCUUCAGGUCUGUGUUCGACUAUCACGAGUUUCAUGAAACAGAACAUUGCAACUCACCUGGAGUCGCAAAUCGUCAAGGUGGAGUCGCAGACAGCAGCCGCAGGCCCGCAGAUGGUCUUCGACAGCAGACAGCAGCGGAUAAGGGGUGAAAUGAUGCAGUACGUAUCGGCACCAGUUGACCUAUCAUUUGAAGGAAGUGAGACUCAGAUUGACCAUGUUUUGAAAGGAAAGCCGCUCGAACCUGCACAACCAGAGACCGAGCUUCCAAUAUGCUGGAAACAAAGCAAUCGGAAACCUAUUAGCUCCUUCGAAAAGAUUAGGGACUACUUCAAAAACUGGACAUUACACUUUCCAAAUGAUGAACUCAAUGUUAAGCUUGACUUGCCACUCCAAGCUUAUCUCGGAAAGGUGUGUUUGGGGAUUCUCGACGAUAGCAAAUUAGUAAAUAUGAACAUAAUUGGAGCCAUUUCAAUGCAAGAUAAGCUGGUGAUGUACGAUAGUAUCAAUCGUCGCAUUGGAUGGGCUUCUAGAGAAUGCAAUAUGCCUAUCGUUGCCUAA